CUGCCACCGCGGGAGGCAGGGCGGGGGCUGCCCGUGCCCGGCGUGUGCCAGGAGCCCGCCGGUGCCGCAGGAGGAGCAGGAAGCGCCCGGGCAAAUCCAGCCUCGCUAUCACAUGACUCAGCAGCCGUUGCCGAGCUGAGUUCACCCAGCGCCUCGCCGGGAGGGGGAAACCUGCUGCUGUCGCCGCCGCCGCUGCUGCUGCAAUGAGCCUGCGGCCCCGCGGCUGCCCCUGAACCCAACGUUCCCCCGCCCGGCUCGGCGCGGCCCCGGAGCCGCCGCAGCAGCGCUGCCCACCGGCGCGCCCCGCUCCCCGCCCUGCGCGGCGGCUCCGGCGCUACCGCCGCCGGCGGGGGUACUAUGCUCACGCGGGUGAAGUCCGCCGUGGCCAAUUUCAUGGGCGGCAUCAUGGCUGGCAGCGCGGGCGCCGACCACGGCAGCGGCGCGGACUUGCCCCUCCGCUUCCCCUACGGGAGACCCGAGUUCCUGGGACUGUCCCCGGACGAGGUGGAGUGCUCCGCCGACCACAUCGCCCGCCCCAUCCUCAUCCUCAGCAAGGAGACCCGGCGCUUGCCCUGGACCACGGGCUACGCGGAGGUAAUAAAUGCAGGGAAGAGCACACACAAUGAAGAUCAAGCCAGCUGUGAAGUCCUCUUUGUCAAGAAGAAAGCUGGAGGUGCUAAUUCUACACCAAAUAAGAACUCUUCCACAAAACGGAGGUCAUCAUUGCCCAACGGAGAAGGUCUCCAGCUGAAAGAUAAUUCAGACACAGACGGGAUCAACCUGUACUACUGGUCCCUGUUUGAUGGACAUGCUGGGUCAGGGGCAGCUGUGGUUGCUUCCAAAUUGCUGCAGCACCAUAUCCUGGAGCAGCUGCAGGAGAUUGUGGACAUCCUGAGAAACACAGCUGUCCUCCCGCCCACCUGCCUGGGAGAGGAGCCUGACAACCCAUCUGCCAACACCAGGACGCUGACACGGGCGGCUUCCCUGCGUGGCGGUGUGGGGGCCCCAGGCUCGCCCAGCACACCUCCAACACGCUUCUUCACCGAGAAGAAGAUCCCACACGAGUGCCUGGUUAUUGGGGCCAUAGAAAGUGCUUUCAAGGAAAUGGAUUUGCAAAUAGAACGAGAGAGGACCGUGUAUAAUAUUUCUGGUGGCUGCACAGCCCUCGUGGUGGUUUAUUUAUUGGGGAAGCUUUAUGUGGCAAACGCUGGUGAUAGCAGGGCUAUAAUAAUCCGGAAUGGUGAAGUCAUUCCAAUGUCUUCAGAAUUCACUCCAGAGACUGAACGCCAGCGACUUCAGUAUCUGGCUUACAUGCAGCCCCACUUGCUGGGAAACGAGUUCACACAUUUAGAGUUUCCACGGAGGGUGCAGCGCAAAGAGGUUGGAAAGAGGAUGCUCUACCGUGAUUUCAACAUGACUGGCUGGGCAUACAAAACCAUUGAGGAAGAUGACUUGAAGUUUCCCCUUAUCUAUGGAGAAGGCAAGAAGGCUCGGGUUAUGGCAACAAUUGGAGUGACCCGAGGACUGGGAGACCAUGACCUGAAAGUGCAUGACUCAAAUAUAUACAUCAAACCUUUCCUGUCCUCAUCUCCUGAGGUGAGAGUCUAUGACCUCCUGCAGUAUGAGCACGGGCCAGAUGAUGUUCUGAUCCUAGCUACUGAUGGACUCUGGGAUGUGCUGUUAAAUGAAGAAGUUGCAGAAGCUGUCACUAACUUUCUACCAAACUGUGACCCUGAUGACCCUCACAGGUACACACUGGCGGCGCAGGACCUGGUGAUGCGAGCCAGGGGGGUGCUGAAGGACCGAGGCUGGCGAAUAUCCAAUGACAGGCUGGGCUCUGGAGACGACAUCUCUGUCUAUGUCAUCCCUUUAAUACAUGGGAACAAACAGUCGUGAAAGCAGCAUCCAGAGUGGUUACAGGAUGGGGAUCUUUGUGGGAAGGGCCUGUAAGAGACAAUAUGGUUUUGGUGAUCUGACCAGGACAGUUCCAAUUGAUGUAAUCUAUUCCAAACUAAUGCUGGAGGGGUGUUUUUCUGCCCAAAAGGUAGGGCUCUGCACAUAUACUGUAUAUGAUUAAAGAUAACCCUUAAGAUUAUAAUUUCCCUAUAGAAAUGGGUUUGGUGCUUAAUGGGAAUGGGAUUUAAAUGCUGCUAGGAAAUUAUGGAUUCUGUCAUCCCUCCAAGUAGGGAAUUUUUUUCUUUGAUUUUUUUUUUCUCAGUUUACCAUGUAGCUUGGAAGAGCCAUUUCAGAUGUGAAAGUAGAAGUGGGUAUCAGAAGCCAAGGAGGCUCCUGAAAUCUGUCUCCAAAUACUCAGAUGGUGGCUUAGGUCACAUCUCAUUUACAAGUACCUGUAUAGGCAUAUGUGAGACUCAAGAGUUUCCUUCUCUCAAAAACUUGCAUUCAUGACUUACUUCAAACUUGCAUAAUCCCUGAAACCCUCGUGUUCCUCUCCUGUCUCUUCUUCAGUAGACUAAACUCCUGUAUUUAGUAGGAAAA